AAAACCCUAAUCAUCAAAUUCUCUCCCAAUACAAUGUUAGCGAGAUGGAGAAGAGCAGCAUCUCAUAUCUCCAACCUCAGAUUGGGGAAGAAUCCAAUGGGAUCCUCUCAAAGAUCUUUUCUCUUUGAUCGCAACUAUGCCAAGGUCGCCGCUUCUCAAUCGAGCCCCAAACCCUCGAUCCCAAUGCUACAGCCGACCAAGCCCGAGGUUAGACUAAAUGCAUUGUUUUGGUCAAAGCCCUGUUCAUUAGCGUUGGCUCCAAAUUCUCCUCUUAGAAUAGAAGAACCACAGUAUGCGGGCAUCAGGCAUUUUAUUCUCAAGCUGAUGUUAUUUUAUAGCAAGCAGAGCAAAUCCAUUCGAGGAGCAAAUGUGGUCUAUCGACGUAUCAUUUCCCAGGUUGAUAAGCCUGCCGUUUAUGAUGUGUUUCAGUUGGAGAAAACAUUUAAAACUACAUUUGCUUUGCUGGUGCUUCAUAUGUGGCUCUUCUUACGCCGCAUGAAGGAGGAAGGAAAGGAAGGAGUUGAAUUUGGGCAAUACCUAUAUGAGAUUUACAAUCAUGAUUUGGAGUUGCGAGUGUCAAAAGCCGGGGUUAAUUUGCUCUUAACAAAAUGGAUGAAGGAGCUAGAGAAGAUAUUCUAUGGAAAUAUUAUUGCAUAUGAUGCUGCUCUGACUCCUGAAGCUAAAAACGAUGAUCUCGCUAAUGUGCUCUGGAGGAACGUUUUCUCAGAAGAUGGCUCAGCAAUGUCAGAUCCUGCAGCUGCUACUGCUGUCCAGGCAAUGGCUAGAUACACUCGCAGGGAAUCUACAUGCCUAUCGAUGACAGAAAGGGAAGCUCUUUUCUCCGGCAACUUCAUGUUUACCUCUUUAGGAAAGCAGUUGCCUAAUCAAGUGAAGGCCACGUAAUGAUACUCACUAGCCAUUAACAGAUGAGAUUACCACAACACUGUGAAUUGAACCUGGAUAUAUGUGAAGCAUCCAUCUCUGUGAGAUUCAAAUUUUGCUCUAUGAUGGAAAUAGGGGAAAUUCAUUCCUGUUGUGAAUAAAUAAAUAAAUAAAAUUCUUGGAUAAUGUCCACGAUAACAAUGAAACCUUAAAAUGGAAAAGUAACAUUAUAAUUGGUUUGUUGACGGAAAAUCCUCAUCGGUUUUUGUUGAAGUUCAAAUGUGCAUCUUUUUCAUCAACAAAGAAAGGGGGAGUGUUGUCAUGUGCUUCAA